AGACAGAGUCUACGAAUAGACGCCGGCCAACCUUGGCAUAGGCCGAGUGACAGAAAUUCUUCAAUAUUUUUCUCUUUCUCCGUGUAGUUUCAGCGUUAUGUAUUUAAGAAAAACGGCACGACUUCUCCUUUUUCUCUUCCAAAUUUGUGUGCUGUUAAACAUAACCGAUCUCUCUGUUUCAAUACUCUGUUUUUCCUCUUUCUAUCUUUCUCAUUCUGCUUCUUUUUUCCUUAUCUGUUUCUGUUUUGUUUCAUCUUUAGCUUUGUGUCAGAGAAGGCAGAAGAGAAAGGUAAAUACUUGUUUGGAUUUGCGCAAUGCUUUUCCUUGGAUAAAACUAUGAGGAAUAGUAUUCCUUCAUGACUAUCCAAACAUGCUCCAAUUAUUUUUCUGGGUUCUUGUCUUUUAUUCGGCAUCAUUCUCUAACCUGAUCGCAAUGUGGCUUCUUGAAAAAGGGUUGACUUUAUUUUUGGUCAAUGAAAGCUAAAAGAUUUUAAAGGUUUGGUUUUUGAUUCAGUGGGUUCUGUAAAAUGUCAACUUCUUUGAUAUUUUACAAAUAUCUGGUACUUGAUCUUGAUUCUGUUGUCUAAACUCUCAGGUCAUGUCCAAAUUUUAGCAAAAAAAAAACUCUCAGGUGAAAGAAAUUUAAAGGGUGUUAUAUAUAGUUUAAAGAGAUGGCUACACUAUCAGAUAUUGGAGUAGCGGCUGCAAUAAACAUUCUAAGUGCUUUGAUAUUCCUUUUGCUAUUUGCAAUCUUGAGGAUCCAACCAUUCAACGAUAGGGUUUAUUUCCCUAAAUGGUACUUAAAAGGUCUUAGAAGCAGCCCGGUUACUUCGGGUGCUUUUGUGAGCAAAAUUGCGAAUUUCGAUUUCCGAUCUUACAUACGGUUCUUGAACUGGAUCCCUGCGGCGCUAAAGAUGCCAGAAGCUGAACUUAUUGAUCAUGCUGGUUUGGAUUCUGCUGUCUACUUGAGGAUUUACUUGAUUGGACUUAAGAUCUUCGUACCGAUCGCAUUACUUUCAUGGUCAAUUUUGGUACCUGUUAACUGGACUAGUGAUGGACUGCAGCUAGCAAAACUACGUAAUGUAACAUCAAGCGAUAUAGAUAAGCUUUCGAUAUCAAAUGUCGAAUAUGGAUCAGACAGGUUUUGGUCGCAUCUCGUGAUGGAAUACGCAUUCACAUUCUGGACUUGUUAUGUUUUAAAGAAUGAAUAUAAGAAAAUAGCUUCAAUGCGGUUAGCAUUUCUCCAAUCCGAGAAGCGACGUGCCGAUCAAUUCACCGUUCUGGUUAGGAACGUACCACCAGACUCACACGAGUCAAUUAGCGAAAAUGUGGAGCAUUUCUUUAUGGUCAACCAUCCGGAUCACUAUCUUACAAAUCAGGUGGUUUAUAAUGCAAAUGAAUUGGCUGGGUUAGUAGCAGAGAAGAAGAAAAUGCAGAACUGGUUUGAUUACUACCAGUUGAAGUAUACAAGAAACAAGGAACAAAGGCCAAGAGUAAAGUUGGGAUUUCUCGGGCUGUGGGGAAAGAAAGUAGAUGCAAUGGAUCAUUACACAGAUGAGCUGAAGAAGCUAAGCGAACAAAUAAUGGAAGAAAGGAAGAGAAUAAAGAAAGACAACAAAGGUGUAAUGCCAGCAGCUUUUGUCUCUUUUAAAACACGUUGGGGCGCUGCGGUUUGCGCACAGACCCAACAGACAAAGAAUCCAACCGAGUGGUUAACCGCAUGGGCUCCGGAGGCAAGAGAAGUGUAUUGGCCAAACCUAGCCAUGCCUUACGUGUCUCUCACGGUAAGGAGACUUGUAAUGCACGUCGCCUUCUUCUUCCUCACUUUCUUCUUCAUAAUCCCAAUCGCAUUUGUGCAAUCCCUUGCGAGUAUAGAAGGUAUCCAAAAAUCCGCUCCGUUCCUCAAUACCAUCAUAGAAAAGGAUUUUAUUAAAUCGUUGAUCCAAGGGUUUCUUCCCGGUAUUGUCUUGAAGCUCUUUCUGAUAUUUCUGCCAACGAUCUUGAUGAUCAUGUCGAAAUUCGAAGGGUUUGUUUCAAUAUCAUCAUUAGAGAGAAGAGCCGCUUUCAGAUAUUAUCUAUUCAACCUUGUGAACGUAUUCCUCGGUAGUAUAGUCACCGGAUCUGCAUUUGAACAGCUAGAUUCUUUCCUUAAACAAUCCGCUGAUCAGAUUCCACGGACGGUUGGGGUAGCCAUUCCGAUAAAGGCAACAUUCUUUAUAACUUAUAUUAUGGUUGAUGGUUGGGCCGGUGUGGCUGGAGAGAUUCUUAGGUUGAAACCGUUUGUCAUUUUCCAUUUGAAGAACUUCUUCUUGGUGAAAACUGAAAAGGAUAGAGAAGAAGCAAUGGAUCCGGGUCAGAUUGAAUUUUAUGCAACGGAGCCUCGGAUUCAACUCUACUUCCUCCUUGGUCUCGUCUAUGCCCCGGUCACACCUGUUCUACUUCCGUUCAUCAUCUUCUUCUUUGGUUUCGCUUACCUCAUCUUCCGUCAUCAGAUCAUAAAUGUGUAUAAUCAAGAGUAUGAGAGCGGGGCUGCGUUCUGGCCAGACGUUCAUGGACGUAUAAUAUCAGCACUGAUCAUCUCUCAAAUCCUUUUGAUUGGAUUAAUGAGCACAAAAGGAAAAGCUCAGUCCACGCCUUUUCUUGUCAUUCUACCCAUUCUCACCGUCGGUUUUCACCGGUUCUGUAAAGGCCGGUAUGAAUCUGCAUUCGUAGUUAACCCUUUGCAGGAAGCUAUGAUUAAGGACACAUUGGAACGCGCAAGAGAACCCAACUUGAAUCUUAAAGGGUUUCUUCAAAACGCAUAUAUUCAUCCAGUUUUUAAAGACGAAGAAUGCGAAGAUGACCAGUAUGAGGAACUUAUCGAGGAUUCGGAUGACGAAAAUUGUGUAGUUGUACCGACCAAACGGCAGUCUCGGAGAACCACCGCUACCAGCAGAAAUCCGAAUUGUGGUUCGUCACAAGCCCUGUCUUGUAAUCAACCUGACACGGGUAAAGGAAAACCGGAGCUUUGAUGUUUUUUUUUUUACAUGAUUGAUUACAAGACAUGGCUUGUGACGAACCGGAGCCUUGAUGUUCAAUGAGCAUAUAUAUCAUUUUGUUUGGAUUUUUGUGGACAGUUUUGUAUAUUUGUAUGAUUGUGUGUUGUUUGAGUUUGUUAUCACAAUUCUUUUACAUGAUUGUAUGCAAAAAAUUACACGACCAAUUUUGUAAGACAAAAAAAACUAUUUUGCAUGGUUGGUAACAUUGUAAU